AUGGCAACAGCACAGAUUUCCAAACCUGCUCCUCCCCCUAUCGACGACUCAAAAGAGACCCUUUUGCCUGGCGAGCACACUCUUCCAGCAUCAUGGUGGACUUCAGAGAAGGUGUUCGAAUUGGAAAAGAGGGCUAUCUUCAAUAAGUCUUGGUUGUUUUGUAUUCACGAGUCAAGAUUCAAGAAAGCUGGUGACUAUUACACCUUCAACUUCACUGGGAUCAAUUUCUUCAUUAUCAAGUCUAAAACUGAUGGGAAGUUGAGAGCUUUCCAUAACGUCUGUCGUCAUCGUGCCUAUCCCGUUGUUCAGAAGGAAAAAGGUAGCUCUACUGUUGUUGGCUGUAAAUACCACGGAUGGAGUUACAAUUCCGAUGGAAUGUUGACUAAGGCACCUAAGUUUGAAAACGUGGAGGGUUUUGACAAGAAAGAGAACUCUUUGUUUCCAAUCAAAACCCAUGUCACUCCUCAAGGGUUGGUUUUUGUCAACUUCUGCAACGACCCCGAACAGUUCAUAGAGUUUGAAGACUUUUACAGUGGUCUCACGAAGGAGUUGGACGAGUUUGAUUUCUCUGAUUAUGAGUACCACAUGUCGUAUGAGUUGGAUGGCCUGUUCAACUGGAAGACAUUAAUGGACGGUUACCAAGAAUGCUACCACUGUCCUACUGCACACCCUGGCUUGAAUGCUGCAUUCAGAAUGGAAACAUACAAGGUUGUCCCAAAGAACAGAUACUGCCGCCACUACGCAGAGAUCGUGAGAAACGAAAAUGUGGAACCUAAAGAGAAGACUCAGGAGGGUUCUUGGUUUGGGUUUGGGAAGAAAAAGGCUGAACCUAAGAAGGAGACCAAGAAAAACGUGGGCGGUGAAUUCAAUGGUUUGUGGGUAUACUUGUACCCUACGAACGGUGUGAACUGCUACUCUCCUGCGUGGUACUCCAUCAGAGUGCUUCCCAUAACAGCUACCAAGACGAUUUUGCAAUACGACAUUUACACGAAAAAGGGUAUCUCAGAGGAGGAGAAGACGGAAUUCGUUGAUUUCUUGCAGUUGGUGGAGUUGGAAGAUUUCAACUUGUGCCAAUUGACGCAGAAGAACUUGAACCAGGGAAUCUACUCGUCCGGGUACUUGCACCCAGUGAAAGAAAGAGGGGUGUUGCACUACCAAGGGCUUGUGAGAGAUAUGGUGAAAGAACAUUUCGCUCUUGAGGAAGAGAGAGGAGGCCUUGUUAACCCGGCGAAGUUGGCGUGUGCCACGAACGACAGUGUGAAGGAGUUGGAUGAUCUUUGCAACAGAAUUGAGUGUGGCAGUGGAAACAAGGAAGUGGAGUGGUGA